CUGGAGUUUCAACAGUAGAAGAAGAACGUUUCAACAGUAGAAGAAGAACGUUUCAACAGUAGAAGAAGAACGUUUCCGGGUUCCUGUAGUUCCAGCUGCAUGUUGUUGACUAGCAUCAAACAUAAGAUGACUCCAGACAGCAGAGCAGCGUUAUAAGCGACCUCACGUUGAUAUCUGAAGGAGACGAACAGGAUGAAGGUGAAGGUCCGGCAGUGGAGCGGAGUGGCCUCCUGGUUGUGGGUGGCCAAUGAUGAGAACUGUGGGAUCUGCAGGAUGCCUUUCAAUGGCUGCUGCCCAGACUGUAAAGUGCCGGGGGAUGACUGCCCGCUGGUCUGGGGUCAGUGCUCCCACUGUUUCCACAUGCAUUGCAUCUUGAAAUGGCUGAACUCGCAGCAGGUCCAGCAGCAGUGCCCCAUGUGCCGACAGGAGUGGAAGUUCAAAGAAUGAACCUGUAGUGCCUGAGAGAGAGAGAGAGAGAGAGAGAGAGA